ACGUUGUUACCCAGGUGAAUUCUGUUAUCAUUUCAACAAUAUGGCAAAACUGAGUCUCCUCACAGCCCUGGGGCUUCUGCUGAUGCUGCAGAUUGCCUCCUCCACCAAACUGGUGUGCCACAUGACCAACUGGGCUCAGUACCGACCCGGCUCUGGAAAGUUUGGCCCAGAAAACAUAGACCCGUUCCUCUGCACCCAUGUCAUCUACAACAUGGCCACCAUCAACAGCUUCAACCAGAUAAUCCCUGUGGAAUGGAAUGAUGAGACCAUGUACAAGGAUCUAAACAAGCUGAAGAAUAUUAACCCAGUGAUGAAGACUCUGCUGUCUGUGGGAGGCACACUCAAUGGAAUCAGCCCAUUCAUCUCCAUGGUUUCCAAGCCUGAGAGCCGUGCAGACUUCAUUAAGUCCUCCAUUAGCUACCUACGUGCACACAACUUUGAUGGUUUGAAUUUGGACUGGCAGUACCCUGGACAGAACGGAAGCCCAUCUACUGACAGGAUGAAGUUCACUGAUCUUGUCCAGGAGUUGGGCAAGGCCUUUGAAGAUGAGGCAAGAGACACCAGGAAGACCCAGCUACUGCUGUCAGCUACUGUUGCAGGCCUCGUCCCAGUCCUCAACACCAGCUACGAUGUUCCUGAGAUCUCCCGCCACCUGGAUUUCAUGAAUGUGAUGACCUAUGACUUCCAUGGCCACUGGGAGUCUGCUACUGGACACAACAGUCCUCUGUACAGAAGCAGUCUGGACUCAGGGUCUCACAUCGACCACAAUGUGGAUUCCUCCUUGUCCAAAUGGCUGAGUCUGGGUGCCCCUGCUGAGAAGCUGUUGAUGGGGUUCCCCACGUACGGCCGCACAUACCGCCUCACCACCCCCAACCACAGCCUGGGAGCCCCCUCCAAAGGCCCUGCCGACGCCGGCCCUUACACUCGCACCGCUGGCUUCUGGGCCUUCUACGAAGUGUGCUCCUUCACCUCUAGUGCUACAGUGGGCUGGAUCGACGAGCAGAAAGUGCCCUACGCCACCCAGGGCAGCGCUUGGGUGGGCUUCGACAACAAGGAGAGCUACGCUGCUAAGGUCCAAUGGCUGAGCACCAACAAACUUGGGGGAGCAUCUGUGUGGUCGCUGGACAUGGAUGACUUUGGAGGAUCCUUCUGUGGUGACGGAGCUUACCCUCUGGUCAACCACCUACGGAACUCCUUGGGCUUCGCCCCAAAGCCCACCACAACGCCAGGCCCCACCACCACUGCUGACCCCAUCUCGACCUUCUGCUCUGGACGCCCUGAUGGCCUGUAUGCCAACGCCGCUGACCAGACCACCUACUUCCAGUGCUUCAGGGGAAACACUUACCUGCACAGCUGUCAGCCUGGCCUGGUCUACCUUGACUCCUGCAAGUGCUGCAGCUGGCCCUGACCUAGUCCUGGCCUAUACUAAGAACAACCCAUUCAUCUGCUAACUAACAUUUGACAAAUCCUAAAGUCUAAUGAAAGGAUUUUAUCAGUUGAUUUUAUAUUAGUCUAAUGUACUAUUAAUAAAAAUAUUCAACAUAUUUCA